UGCUGAUGCAGGUCAACAGCAUGACUCAGCUUUGCCUGUGUGUCUGUAUAUGCAUGAGCGUGUGGUUCCACACUUCCCUCGGGUUGCCACCCCAGCACCGAGGGUGGCUGCGGCUGUGGGAGGAGGGCGAGGGCUGUAGGGAGUGCAACCAGCACCUCUGCCCCUCAGUCCCCGACAACUGCCCUGCAGGUCGGGUGCACGACGUCUGUGGAUGCUGUGAACAAUGUGCAAACGUAGAGGGGCAGCAGUGUGACCCAGAUGGGGCUCAGAAGUUCUAUGGCCGCUGUGGAGAGGGCUUGGUCUGCCGGAGGAAAAUACCAAAGGGGGGACACAGGGCUGAGCCAGAGCCAACAUGUGUGUGUCAGGAAAAGGGCCCUGUAUGUGGCUCAGAUGGCUGGACCUACCCGAAUGUUUGCCAGAUGAGAGAGGCUGCCAGCCACUGUAAUACAACACUCAAGCUCACUGGAAGAGGACCUUGCAACUCUGCUCCCCGUAUCCUUCAAGGCCCUAGAAACCUGUUCAACUACACCGGGAAUGACAUUGUGUUUGGCUGCGAAGUCACAGCCUACCCCCUUCCAAACCUGAGCUGGAGGAAGACAGGGAGUGACAACUUCUUGCCAGGAGAUGAUCCUCACAUCUCAGUCCAGGCUAGAGGUGGCCCCCAGCGCUUCACUGUCUCUACCUGGCUUCAGAUACAGGGCCUCCACAUUUCUGAUGCAGGGGUCUACUCUUGUAUCUCUCACAAUUCUUUGGGAGAAACAUCUGCAUCAGCACAGCUUACAGUGUUGAGACAGGGCUCUGCUGAGGAGGAGCAGGAGUACUUCAGUCAUUUGGAAGAAGACAGUGAUGGACAUCUGGCAUCUGGAGAUUACCUGGGAUUAAUUUAAAUCAGUUUAUAUGACCAGACAGCAAGGAGGCCUGAGGAAACAAAUCUAUAAACAUAACAUAAAGGAUCAUUUUACAUAUUUUAAUUGUAAUUACAUGAUGUUUGUCAGUCACAGCUCAAUGCUCAUUU